AUGGGAGGCCUUCGAAACGUCGCCGGAGACGCUGUUCCAACCAAGGGCAAAGAGGAGUGUGAAGCUUUCCGUCCGGUCGCAACUUUCUCCAAAAACAUAUGGAGAGAUCAAUUUUCUCCUACUGAUGACUUGGUAUUUGAUUCCUUAACCAGAGAAAUAGAUCCAUUGAAAGAGCAAGUGAAGGAUAUGUUAAUGGCGUCUGCAGCUGAUCCCGUUGAGAAUGUUAAGUUCAUAGAUACUUUGGUUCGCGUUGGCGUUUCAUAUCACUUCGAGAAUGAAAUUGAAAAUCAAUUGGAAAGCAUCUUCAAAUCCCACCACAAUCUUUUUACUUGGAAUCAUCUAGACAUAAACUCAACUUCAGUUGUGUUUCGAGUUUUCAGGCAGCAUGGCUUCAAAAUGUCUUGUGAUGUUUUCAACAAAUUCAAGGACAUCAAUGGUAAGUUCAAAGACAACUUGAUGGAUGAUGUUGGGGGAAUGCUAAGCCUGUAUGAAGCUGCCUAUCUUAGAGUUCAUGGGGAGCAUAUAUUAGAAGAAGCCCUUGCAUUCACCUCGGUGAACUUGAAGUCAUUGGCAAACAAGUCGAGUCCUCAUCUUGCGAAGCAAAUAACGCUUGCCCUUGAUCAGCCAUUGAACAAAUGCCCUCCGAGACUAGCUGCGAGGAACUUUCUCUCUUUCUAUGAGGAAGAUGACUCCACAAAUGAAACACUACUUAAGUUUGCAAAGCUAGAUUUCAAUCGAGUACAAAUCCUUCAUAAACAAGAAAUAAGCCAAAUCGCAAGGUUUUGGGAGGACAACGAGUUUUCGUCUAAGCUUUCUUAUGCAAGGGAAAGAUAUGUGGAGGCGUACACAUGGGCUAAUUCUGUAUUUUAUGAACCUCAUUACACAUUGUGGCGGAUAAUUCUGACUAAGAUAAUAAUCCUUGUAUCGAUUUUAGAUGACUCAUUUGAUGCUUAUGGGACACCUCAGGAGCUUCAACGUCUUAUAGAUGCUUUGAAGAGGUGGGAGAUUGGCGCACUAGAUGAGUUGCAAGAUUACACUAAAGUUGUUUUCAAGGCUGUGCUAGUCAUUUUUGAUGAAAUCGAUCAGUUGGCUUUGAAGGAAGGAACAUCUUAUAGUGUUCCUUAUGCAAAAGACGCGCUCAUUAGACUGGCGGAAAACUAUCAAGCUGAGAUGAUGUGGUGCCAUGAUGGUUAUGUACCAACAUUUGAGAAGUACAUGAGCGUUGCAACGAAGACAUCCACUUAUGAUCUAGCCUUAAUGAUUUCAUUCACAGCGAUGGGCAAAACGGCAGGGAUCGAAGCGUUUGAAUGGCUGCGAAAGGAACCCAAAAUUAUGAAGGCUUUAAAUAUUAUAGGUCGUCUCAUGGAUGAUAUAGUGUCGCAUAAGUUUGAGCAACUGAGAGAACAUUGCCCUUCUAGCGUCGAAUGCUACAUGAAACAACACGACAUCUCAGAGAAGAUUGCACUUAAAGAGUUAAAGAAAAUGGUAGAGGAUGCAUUGAAGGAAAUAAAUGAAGAAUGUACGAGACCGACGGAUGUUCCCAGAGAUCUACUCAUGCGACAAUUGAACUAUGCUCGAGUCACACAUUUAUUUUAUAAACAUGGAGAUGGAUACACACAUCCGGAAUAUACGAAAGAUCACAUAUGUUCAUUGUUCGUUGAUCCUAUACUUAUUUAA